GUUAUUAACUAUGAUUUGCCUCAAGAUGCUGUCACUUAUGUUCAUCGUAUUGGUCGUACUGGCCGUUUGGUUACUGGUUAUUCAACGAGUUUUGUUGAUUUGAAAAAGAAUACAAAUCUCAUUCCGGAACUGAUUAAAAUUCUUCAAAGUUCUUCUACACCCGUUCCACAAUUUAUGGCUGGAUAUACUGCCAACGAAUCUGUUACAUAUGUUCCUUAUAACCAAAAGAAACAAAUUUCGUCAGAAUUUGAAAAUGGUGUUCAAAAUUAUCAAAACGGAUUCGAUAAUGGUGACAAUACAAAUGAUGUUUGGAAUAGUAAUGAGCCUCAAGUUGAACCUUUUAUCGACACUGCACUUGUCAAGAACACGCCUGUCGUCAAUACAGCUCCUGCUCAGAGUAUUGAAAGAUCCUCUGACUAUUGGGCUAGUGCAAUCAAGCAACCAGCUAAAUCUUCUUUUGUCCAGAAUGGCGCUAAACCGAUGGUUCAAACUCGUGUUGCUCCAGCAGCUCAAGCUCAUGUUGUGCCAGUAGCUCAAACUUAUGUUGCUCCAGUAGCUCAAUCUCGUGUCGUGCCAGCAGCUCACUCGGUUGCGCAAGAGAACACUAAUGAUUGGGACAAAAAUGACAAUUGGGAGGAUAUUGAUAAUUCUUGGAAUUGA